AUGGCAUGUGACGUGGCGGCCUCCAAUGUGCCGCUGCUGCGUGAUCAUGGCGGGAACACCACUCGGCCUCCGCAUGCGAAGGCAGUGCUGGUGGGGUACGGCCCUUUCCCCUGGUCCUUCUACGUCUUCCGCUCGUGGAGGCAGCCCGUCGUCAACCCGGGCGAUGUGCUCGUGUUCAAAUGGGGAUUCUGGCCGCACGGAGUGCGCAAGCUGGCGAGCGGCACGGCGUAUGAGAACUGCGACUUCAGUGGCAGCUCCAAGUGCGCUUUCGCCCCCCUCCUGCGCCGUCCGUCUCUAGAUGCGCCUCUACCCCAUGCCCUCACCUCUCUGUCCUCCUGCUCUCCCUCCCACCUCCUGCUGCAUGUAGAAGGCAGUUUUUCAUUGCCUGCUUCGUUUUUCCCCUCUCUGUACUGCCUCUUCUCUCUCGCCCUCCCCUCCAGGUACAUGGUGCGGGCAGCUGAUGCGGCCACAGCGCUCUUCUUCACCUGCGCCUUAUUUCCCAUCUGCAUUGACCUUCCAGCCUUGUCUCUCUGCACUCCCUCCCUCCCCCCCCCAGGUACACAGUGCAGGCAGCUGAUGCGGCAACGGCGCUCUUCUUCGCGUGCCCUGUGCCCAGCCACUGCGGGCCAGGCGGCAUGA